AUGUUAGGGCCCAUUCGGUACGAUUCGAUAUACGUAUAUCGUGAUAUACUACACCAAACCAAUAUACAGUAUAUCACGAUAUACAUAUAUCAAAUCCCAAAAAAAACAGUGGUGUUCGGACAAUUUAUUUGGACAAGAAACCAAAUCGUAUAA